AUGUGUCUUCGUGACGGUCGUCUAACCGUACCGACCGCGUUGCUGAUCAUUGCCACUGGAGGCUGCUUCCUGGCCGCUGGGCUGCUGACCUAUGCCGUGUUUUCGGCGUCAUUCCGGAUUCUUGACGACGGCCGGCAUCUGCACUCUUUUGGCCUGAUUCGAUAUUGUAAAGUCUCGCAACUUACGGAGAGCGCCGUGCAAUGCUAUUCACGGGAAAUGCAGAAGCCGGGCAUCGAACCGGCGGCAAAGCAUCUGAUUAUAGCUCAAAGUGAGCUGAUGGUCUUGGUAGCAUUAGUGUUGGCGAUGCACAUGGGACUCCUGGCUUCUGUGGCCAGUCUGCUGGCUUUUUGUUCGAAGAUGUGCGCACGGUUGAGCCGGAUCUUGAUGCUGAUGGCAGGAGCCUGCACGUUCCUGGGUGCAAUGCUGUUCGUCCACGUUGCGACGUCGUUGAACGAGGCGAAUUUCGGCGGAAAAUCGUCGAAAGUAGAAGCCCGUUUUGGACCGGCUUUUGCGUGGUGUCUCCUCGCUGGUUCCGCCUUUCUGCUAUCGCUUCUGAUCUCCUUGGUGUCGACGCUGGCUGAUGACGAGACAGAUCUUCUACAAAUCCCGCUAUCGCGCGCCGGCACGAUCAGCGAGUUUCCGCGCAAGAUCUCGCGCCGGAUGAACGCCAUCCGGCGCCCGUCGCAAGCCCACGUGGAGCAUCACCGCCCGGAGGAGACCACGCUGCUUCCACAGGACGUU